UGAAUCUGGAAGUGUGUUUUUGAUCUGGUUUGGUCUGAAUUGGGUGGUUUCAAUGAACGAUUAUUGGUUUCAAAAGAGGCAUCUUGCGUGUGGUGGUUCCUUUUCUAUAAUUUGUGGUUGUAGAGAACGCGGUGUGGCAGUUAUGUGUUUCUCUGACACGGACGAUGACAUUUGUGGAUGCUUUUAACUUCCAUUUGAUGGCAUAACACUAUUCUUAUUCAGCUCUAACUUCUGCCGAAGCUGAUGUUUGAACUGAACUCGUUUCUAAUUCGACAUUCAUAUUGGGCAGACGAAGCUGAUUUUGGGAGCUUCAAGAGUUAUGUCUUCAUCUUCUCGUGUUCUUUCCACUCCCCUAGAAAACAAGUAUAUGAAACCCCCAGAUUCUUUUCAGCUUUCACCCGUUAAAGAUCUGACUGCAAAUUCUUCCUCAUCAAAUUCAAACAGAACUGCUGGGAAGAUGCUUUCAUCACCUUCUGAAUGUCCCAAUGACAACCCUUUUUCCUCUGUUUCACAGCAUGAGAGACAAUACCAAGAUCCCCCCUUUGUUUCUCAAACAAUGACUGACAAUGUGUCAUCCGAAAUACAUCCAACUACAUUCAUUUCUCACCCUCAAGAAAGUGAAGAUAUUUCCUGGGGACCAGAUCCAUUUCAGGAUAUUCUUGGUUUUCCUGAAAAUGUUUCUGUCCAGCAUGAUCAGGUGGAAGACAGUGCUGGUUACUUAAAUGAUGACAAUGUCAAAAAAACUGAUUUUGGGGAGUGGGUGGAUCAGUUAAUGUCAAUUGAUGAUUCUCUUCACCCAAACUGGAGUCAGCUUCUUUGUGAUGACAAUGUAGCAGAACCAAAACCAAAGGCAUCUCAGGUUCCUCAGCAGCAGCAUAUUCCAUCUGUAGAAGUUCUUUGUAAUGCAGCAGCAGCAGCAACUGCAUCGCAGACUAAGCCUAGAAUGCGUUGGACUCCAGAGCUUCAUGAGGCCUUCGUGGAAGCAGUCAAUCAACUUGGCGGUAGUGAGAAGGCUACUCCGAAGGGUGUGUUGAAUCUAAUGAAAGUUGAGGGCCUUACCAUCUAUCAUGUAAAAAGCCACUUACAGAAGUAUAGAACUGCCAGAUACAAACCAGAGUCGUCAGAAGCAGGAACGUCUGAGAAAAAGGCGACUCCAAUUGAAGAAAUGAAAUCUCUAGAUUUGAAAACGAGUAAGGGGAUCACUGAAGCAUUACGAUUGCAGAUGGAACUCCAGAAGCGACUUCACGAACAACUCGAAAUCCAAAGAAAGUUACAGAUUCAAAUUGAAGACCAAGGGAAACGUCUUCAAAUGAUGUUUGAGAAACAGAGAGAGAUGGGUGACGGCAAUGGUAAGGGUUCAUCCUCCUCUCCUUUGGACGAGCCUUCGGGUGCAGUUCCAGACACAGUGAUUCCAGUAGAAACCUCAAAUGAGGAAGGUGACAAAUUUGGAAGCAUUCCGAAAGAAGGGGAUGCAAGGGCAGAUGAAGAUGAAGCUGCACCCCCCACAAAACGGGCCAAAAGUUCAUGACAGCAAGACUCUUUAAUCCUUCUAGUCUAGAUUUGUUUAAUAUUCUUGGACUUUGUAUAAAUAUUAUUGGAUCCAGGGAUGUUUCAACUUGGUCAUUAUGACAUGAAAGCCGCAUGUUUUAUAAGGUUCUUGGUUUUUUUCUUUUCCUUUCCAAAUAUUCUUUAUGAUUCAUCGUGAAUCAGAGGUCAUGGUGGCUCAUACUCAUAGCGCCGGAAUUUUGUUUAUGAUUGUCUUCUGUUUCCUUAGACUACUCA